GGGGCGCCCCGGGCCUCCCCGUGCCGGGGCGCUGGCGGGAUGUGGGGCCUGGCGGGGCGGAGGCUGCUGGGCGUCUUCUCGGCCCCGGUGCUGGUGGCGGUGGUGUGCUGCGCGCAGAGCGUGAACGACCCCGGCAACAUGUCCUUCGUGAAGGAGACGGUGGACAAGCUGCUCAAAGGCUACGACAUCCGCCUGAGACCCGACUUCGGGGGCCCCCCGGUGUGCGUGGGGAUGAACAUCGACAUAGCCAGCAUCGACAUGGUUUCCGAAGUCAACAUGGAUUACACUUUAACCAUGUAUUUUCAACAAUACUGGAGAGAUAAGAGACUCGCCUAUUCCGGCAUUCCUCUCAACCUCACACUGGAUAAUCGUGUGGCUGACCAGCUGUGGGUGCCCGACACAUACUUCUUAAAUGACAAGAAGUCAUUUGUGCAUGGAGUGACCGUGAAAAACCGCAUGAUUCGCCUGCACCCGGAUGGGACCGUGUUAUACGGCCUCAGAAUCACCACCACAGCGGCAUGCAUGAUGGAUCUGAGAAGAUACCCAUUGGAUGAACAGAACUGCACCCUGGAAAUUGAAAGCUAUGGCUACACUACUGAUGACAUUGAAUUUUACUGGCGCGGGGGCGAUAAGGCUGUCACUGGAGUGGAGAGAAUUGAACUCCCUCAGUUCUCCAUUGUUGAGCAUCGAUUAGUCUCCAGGAACGUCGUCUUUGCCACAGGUGCCUACCCUCGUCUCUCACUGAGUUUCCGGUUGAAGAGGAACAUUGGAUACUUCAUUCUUCAGACUUACAUGCCCUCGAUCCUAAUUACCAUCCUCUCAUGGGUGUCCUUUUGGAUCAACUACGAUGCAUCUGCCGCUCGAGUUGCCCUUGGAAUCACAACCGUAUUGACAAUGACCACCAUUAACACACACCUGCGGGAGACAUUGCCCAAAAUCCCCUACGUCAAAGCCAUUGACAUGUACCUCAUGGGCUGCUUUGUCUUUGUGUUCCUGGCCCUUCUGGAGUAUGCCUUUGUCAACUACAUCUUCUUUGGAAGAGGCCCACAGAGGCAGAAGAAGCUGGCAGAGAAGACAGCCAAGGCCAAGAACGACCGUUCCAAGAAUGAAGCCAACCGGGUUGAUGCUCAUGGGAACAUUCUGCUAACAUCGUUGGAGCUUCACAACGAAAUGAAUGAGGUAGCCGGUGGCAUCGGGGACAACAGGAAUUCAGCAAUAUCCUUUGACAACUCAGGAAUCCAGUACAGGAAACAGAGCAUGCCUCGGGAAGGGCAUGCUCGACACCUGGGGGACAGAGGCAUCCCACACAAGAAGACUCAGCUUCGAAGGCGAUCUUCUCAACUCAAAAUCAAGAUUCCAGAUCUCACCGACGUGAACGCCAUAGACAGAUGGUCCCGGAUUGUGUUCCCUUUCACUUUUUCUCUUUUCAACCUAGUUUACUGGCUGUACUAUGUUAACUGAGUGACUGUACUUGAUUUUUCAAAGACUUCAUUUAACACUGAGUGAAAUAUUACUCUGCCUGUCAAGUUUUUAUACCUGUGUACACACACAGACACACACACACAUGCAGACACACACAUAUAUACAUACGCAAUUGUAUAUAUAUGUGAACUUUCUCAGCAUAUAUAUAAAAUACACGUGUAUAUGAGGAUGUAUGUGUCUAUGUUUAUACACCCAGGUGUGGGACCUGUGUGUAUGUAAAACAAAUACACAUACAUGCAUACAUUUUGCAGCUAUGGACAAUUUAACACAGGAUGAGUUCUAAAGAAAGUCAUCUUUUUCUUUCUUUUUUAAUUGAAAGGGACAAGUAUCAUCUAAAUAUUAUGCCUUGAGAAUGAGGGCGUAAACCACAAUACCAUCCCCAAAUGUGUCCUUUGAUUCUCCUGAGUUAGAUGUUUUAGUUGGGAAAAAAAAUCAGAAACUCUUUAGUUAAUCUUUUAAUCAUUCAUACAGUGGUAUUGCUAAUCUAAAACAAGGUCUCAUUCUUCAUACCUUUUUUUUUUUCUUUUUCCAUUUUUCAAGUGACGGCUUUCUGGCAUGUUUCAGCGAUGGGGUUUGCUUUCACCAGGCAUAGUUUUCUCCCUGGGUUUUGCGAAUGAGGCGCAGCCCCGGCAUGCCCUCACCCAUUGUCUUAAACUUAGAUCGAUUACACACUGAUGUCUGAACUUCCACCUUUGGGGAAAACUAAAACCCAGGCCCUUGGAACUGGACGGCAUCUCCUUGUGAGUACUUGAGUGUACAGCAUGUUUCUUGGUUCCCUGGAACUGGUUUCAGCUUACCUGUCAUGCGGGACCAGAGUGCGCGUUGGGAUGAUGUGGAGUUGGGACGAUGUUGAGUUGAUCUUUGAAUUGCUGAAAAUGUGUGCCCCAUCUCAUGUGGAUUUCUAGCCUCGAUCUCGUAACGGAAAGCAUAGUCUGUGCCUCAGGUUUUCUGUUCCUCUAAGGCCAAACCAUGUAGGAUAACUUCCCACACCCUUGUCUUUGCAUUAUCAAUCAUGCUUAGCACCUCGUAUGUUACUAGAAAAUAAUUUGCAUAAGAUGCACAUAUAUGUAUAUUUACCAAGAUUUUCUUUCUUAUGCUUGCUCUUACCGUAGCAUGCAGUGUCAUACUUUUGUUAUCUAGAACUAAGACUGAAGCUCAAACACCUCUCCUGUUCAAUUUCAGAAAUCAAGAAACAUCCUCAUGCCUUUCUUUGUGUAUCUGACAUAUUUCAUAAGCACCUCCAGCUCCUCUUAGUCUCACUGCUGCGGGAACGAGCACAGCCCGCACCACUCAACACCCCAAGACCUGUGACCGUUCUCUUGAGGCCAAGAAGGGAAACAAACCUACAACCCAUACAGUCACUCUGAGUUCCUUCUGCUCCACAGCCUCAUCCGUAUUUGGACUUUUUAAAGCUCGUAGAAACAAGACAAGGUGCACCGGUUUCAUAGACGCAACCUUAACUUACUAUUUAGAUGAGAUCUUUCUAAAGAAAAAAAAGAGAUGAUAUAUUUUUUGUAAACAAUAUUUCUAUCACAGGCAUCCAGAGACUGAAAUGACUACAGUUAUACAAACAGGUGUCACAGUGAAGUAAAGCAUUUGGAGAAAACAAAAAAAACACACACAAAGCAAAAUAUUAUUUGGGAAAGAACUGCUAAAUUAAUACUUUAUCCCCAAGAUGCCAAAUACGCCUCACCCUCUCUGUUCCGUCCGCAGCCAAUGGUCUACCAAGGACAGGAGUUUUGUGCAGCUAGAUAGAGGAGACCAUGAGCCCUGAAGCUCAUGUCCAGAGCCAUCACCCCAAGCUCACUACUACUUGAUUUUCCUUUGAUGGCCAUAACAACCUUUUAUUGGGGCUAGGGAGAUGGCUCAAGGGCUGGAGCACAGGCUUUGUUUGUGGAAGCUGACCCAGGUUUGAUCCCUGGCUCUUGAGAGAUUGCCUGAGCACCACAGGGAGUGAAGCCCAAGAAUAUUCAGGUAUGCCCACCCCCCAAAACAACACCUUCUCAUUUGUGGGAGUCAGUGACAGUUCAAAACCUAUCAUGAGGUAAAACCUAAUCCACAAAGUCACGCACUAGAAGUAAUGAAUGACUUUGAACUCCUCUCCCCUCCUUCAUCAUUUAUUUUUCAAUCUCUUUUUCCCAGCCGCCACACUCUGGUUUUAUUUCAUAUGGAGAUUAGCCAGGGAUAUCUCAACCUUUGGCUUGUUUUCUGACCAUUUUCUUUUUCAUGGGUAACCCAUGGGGGUAUCCUAAAAGUUAAACAAAUUGGGAAAAACCUUGUAAGUGGCCUUAUCAUUGUUAAUGUGUUUUAAAAAAAAAAAAAGUCUUGUGAAGACCUUAUCCCUUUCAAUGCCUUCAGGUAUCUUUUUCUGUAUCCAGUGAGUCAAGAAGUAAGUUCCCUUACCAGAAGAGGGACCCCCAAAAAGUAAAAACUGUGGACAAAGGCUGUCCAUGGUUGACUGACAAAUCCAAUUUCUACUCUUCAGAACUGUGACAUUCAUUCUCUCUGGGAGAAAAAAAAUGGUUCAAAACAUUUUUGAUGCAUAGCUCAGUUACAUAACUACAUAGACAGAGAGCCCCGGGGGUUUGGAAGAGCUACAAUCCACUUCCAAGGUUUUCUGGAUAUAAAUUUGCAUGGAAUAGUCAUACUAGCUUUUGAGCUUUUUAUAUGCACUUGGCACCAAGACUGGAACCCACACUUUGUAGACACUGCAAUGAAGUUAACAUAAUAGCUCUACUAUAAAUAGUGUUUGUAACUACACACGCACACACACACAUACACACACAAACAUACACACAUCUACAUGUAUUCUGUAAAAAAAAAAAACUUUUUGAGAUCCUUGGGUAUGUGUUUGCUUUACUCCAUUUCAGAAGAAAAUUACUUUUCUUCUAAUAAAAUUAUUUUCUAGCUUCUCCCCAUUUUUAAAUGUGAGGAAUGUUGAGAAGCAGAACUCUGUGCUGGUGACAGGAGUUUGGUUCUCUGUCCGAUGCCCUCCCAUUGCUCCACCAUAGGUAUUGAGGCCAUUGAGCAAACUGUAUGUAUGAUGUUUUGAGCCCAGGAUCUCUGAUAUCAUUGGGAGGUGAUAGGUCGCUAACCCUCAUCCAGUCAGGAGAGAUAAAAAUGAAUUUGGAAUAUGAUAAUGCUCUUUCUCAACAACGGAACAUAAUAAAAAGUUUCUAAGUAGUUCUGUCUUUCUGAAAUGCUUCAAACAGGGGUUCAAGAAGUACAAAAGAAAUCUGGUUAUGAUGGGGUUAUCUCUACUCAGCUAGAGAGACAAGUCCAGGGGCCCUGAUACAUCAAUUCUAUCAGAGAAAGACAGAGAAGACAAGUCAACUUGGAAAUAAAACAAGCUUUCUUCUUGUACCCCAACCCUGGGAAUGCAGAGGGGUUUCACUGUCUAUACCAUGAAAUAUCCAUUUCCCCCCUGAAUCUUCAACAAACUAGAAAGUUGGCCAUGAGUCUAUUCCUGUUAGCUUGGAAGCUUUGUGCCCAGCUGUGCUUCGAAGGCCAGGGCCCUGAACAGUGACCUUCUGGGCCAUUCCCAUCCAGCCAGCUCAGGAGUGAACAUUUUCACCAAAGAGAGUAUCUGGAAGUGAUGUCUGGCAUGCAACAGACUGGUUGGAAGGGAUAGGCACAUGGCACUUGUAAGUUCAUAUCCAACAUCCAAUAUAUAAACCCAUUGGAAUUUAUCCCACCAUGUGUGUUCUGAAAAAGAAAAAGAAAGAAAAAUCAGUGUGUCCACUUUGGAAUCUCCUGGCUUGAAAGCAUAAACCACCCCAUCCCUUCCUAUUACUUUAACUCUCCACCUGAAAACCCCAUUGUAUUGCUGGCCAUUUUGUGUAAGCAAAAAUGGACGAUUGGUGACAUCUAAUAUUAUGGGACAGACCCUGGCUCUCAGCAGGUAUGAGCCACCAGUCAAAGUCACUCUGAAUUGUGGGUCGUAGAGCCACACAGGUGGAUGAAAAUUUCCCAAGACACUAACUAAUGUGUCUUGGAUCAAUUACCUCUUCGCUGCAUUGAAAGGUGCCAUGUUUUCCUGAAAUACUCAUUUCCCAGCACCUAGUAAACAGGGACCACCCAGAGAGUGUUCCCCUACCAUCCUCUCCCAUGGCAGUCAAUCCCUACCCCCGUUCUUUUCAUUCUUGUCUCCUAGUUCUACUUCGCAAGUCAGUGAGUGUGUUCAAGGUAAGUACAGGAUUAUUCAAGUAUUAGUCGCUGUCAUGAUCAAUUCCCCUGUUGAUUUCAUUUCAUUGUAAAGAUAAAACCCAAUUUUGCUUAAGCACAUUGAUGUAAUUUUUGGUAUUAUUUGACAUGGAAAAAAUGCAAAAUUGAGUGAUAGAUAAAAUAUGAAACUUGUUGAUGAAUGAAUUCAAAUUUAUUAAAAAAGAACUAACUGA